CGUAGUACGCGUAGUACGCGUGCUUCAAGCGUGCAGACCCUGAAUUGGGACACAGCUAGCGUUGAAACGUUAACAGGAACUUUUCUCAAUGCGUAAAGGGGCGUGGGUUGGGUUAAACCAGAUUGCGACAAUUAUGGAAAUGCACUCAGAUAUAUGACUAAACAGAAAACACAUCACAUUGUGGCCUUUUCUUUGAUAACACUGGAAAACGAAUGCAGAUUAUGAAACGUAUUUAUGACCACAGUGUAAAUUCACAUAAUUUGAACAUUUGAACAUCAACAUUUGUUGAUUUUAUUUGUAAAGUUAGUUGAUCCCAUUAUGUUGGUCAAGCAGCCUAGUGCACUCACACGUGGCACAGCCCUGGACACCUUACGCACGGCUGGGUCUCCACCUCCUGUAGGUGCGUAGUUGUGACACAGCUGGCACCAGUAAAACCAAAGCACUGGCCCCAUUUCAUGCCUGUCAACUCCAAGUAAUCAGCUCCCAAAUAUGUCGAGGCUUUGUCUUGAUUGCAUUCUAACAUGGUGUGAUUUACAAUAUGCGCAAUGAACGCCGCAUGGGGUUUGCUGGCGGUUUUCAGUCUGGUGUGUCGCGUUGAGUCGAGGUGCUCACCGACCUCCUAUUAUAAGAACUGCUGGAUUAGACGGUUCCCGGGGAUUUUCAUCGAUAUUGAGGAAUCUCAGAGGAGAGGAGCGCAGCUUUUGAAGCAUUAUCAAGAAGAGACCGCGCUGAAAUGCAGCCGCACCUGUUGCCUUACCAGAAACUUUUCCUGUAAUCUGGCUGUAUUCCACUAUGAUACCACUCAAGAAAUCUUGAACUGCUUUCACCUCCACUGUCCGACUCUGGGGAGCUGCAUUCUGAGUCACAGAGACAACGUUGUUCUCUACAAUAUCACAAAGGGUGUGGAUCCUGAUCUGUUGGUGUUUGGAAAAUACUUCACCUCUAACGUGCGUGUGUUACCCCACCACUACAGCCGCAAUAACGCCUCAGAGCCAUUGCUGUCAGACAAGCGCCAAUUUAUUCAUCCGCCUCCGCCCGUUAAACCCUCCACUACAGCUGGCAGAGUUCAUGCCCCCACAGAGGCGUCUGUCAUUGCCACCACAGCACUGCAGAGCACCGGUCAGCCUUUAGCAGUUUCCACAACUACGACUGCUGUGCCUUCCACUGAAAAAACUCCCCCAUCUUCAAAAAAGUAUGCACAAACAACAGCCGCAGUUGUCUCCACCACUUCUCUUCCAGAUAGCAUUACUCCAUCUCCUUCAUUCACCACAGUUAGCACUCUGGGCCAUUACAAUUCCAAGAUUCUGUCUGCUUUUUCUACCACAAGUCCACAAUCCCCAGUAUCCACCCCUACCCGUCAUCCCACCGCCACUUUCUCUCAGUUGGCCAGCAGCCCUUCAACUUCUGCAGCUCUUAUAAGCUACACAGAAAGCAGCAAGCUGUAUCUAAAUGAGACCAAGGGCAACCAUGGGAGGAACCACACAGUAAGCAACGAGGGAGCCAGUGGAGAUGACACCCUACCAGGCCUCGGACAUGGGUGGUAUGUGGCUGCUGACACCUUGCUGGUUGCUGUGGCCAUUUGUAUCACAGUGCUGCUGAGCUGCUGUUGCUCUAUCCUGCUGGUGGUGAGCUGGAGGGGUCAAAGAAAGAGGAUGGGACGCUACAGUACAUCAUGGAGAGGGAAACGAGGCUCCAUGCGUCUGAUAAAAUACGUGCUGGUCAAGGAGAGCUCCUGAAAGUGAGGAUAUUUUGUAACAUUGUUGAGGAAGAAAUCCAAAAUGAAAGGACAAUUUACUUAGAAUGUAUAUGAUUACAUAAAGGAUUAUUUUAGGUUAAAGUAUUUUGUUUUAUUCUAACUAGAUGGGGAUGGACAGCUAAGGCAGCUCACCUGUGUUUUCCAGUUCUAUAAAAGCUGGACCAGAUAAACUGCUUAGUCUCUUUCUGCCACUCCGACAGGACUCAACCUAUUUGUGAUGUUUAUCUGUUGGUUAGAUUAUGUUAAUUAAAUUAUUUUUUUAUUUCUGUAAACCUUUUGUGUGGACUUGCUCCUUAUCACCUAAUUUGUGCCAAUUUGUCAUAAAUGGGGGCUUGUCCGGGAUAUUGAAACCUGUUGGUAAGAUUAAAGUGUAUGCAGUGUUGAUGGCUAACUUUAGCUUAUGGUUUGAUAAAUACUUAGCCUAGUUUGGAUAUUUAACACUGUGACCAAAGUUUUAGGGACUUCCACACAUGAAUUAGAUUAAUUAAUUACAUACAUUAAUUAAUUUUGAGUUAUUUUUUUUAGGCGAUGCUGGAAGAGAGCAGGAUUAAUCCCUAUUUUUUUAAUUGGUCUUCAAACCAAAUGUCUUUAUCUUUUUGAGUGAGUCUAACCACAUGUGUAAGAGCCAUGCAUCCCAUCAGAUUAAACUGGCUUAUUAGGAGACCAACCAAGUUUUUUUUUUUUUUUAAGUGAGCCUUGAGGCACCUGUUGUUGUGAUUUGGCACUAUAUAAAUAAAAAAAAUACCAUGAAUUGAAUAGUGUGGUGGAGAAUGUGGUUGAAGAAAUUGUCUUUGGAACAUUUCUGUUUUCUUUCCAAAAACUACAAAGUUUCUGGCUCGUUGGUGCCAGUGGAACUGGUGGUGCAAGCACUAACAAGUAUAUGUCUAAAGACUGAGAUUAAGAUUAGUUUGUACUCAAUAAAUAGGACUAGAUAGCCUGCACUCUGUGGUUAGUUCAUCACUAUUGAACUUCUUAUGAGUAGUCCUCCCUGCUCUCCUGCAAGCCUUACAAAUGUGUUUGGAAUUCUCAAAGAUAUUUGUGGUACAAUUGCGUGCAGUAAAUGUACACAACUGGUACUGGUAAAUGUAUGAUGGGUAAGAACUGCAAUUAGUUCGAUUCCCUCUUUGUUAACGUUUUAGACAUCUUGAUUGGUUCGAUAGCCUUGCUUUGGAGGAACCUUGUUGUAUGAUACUUUGGUUCAUACUCAAACUUUAAUUCCAGGUUUGUUUGUAGCUGGAAUAUUUGCAAAGCAGUGUGAUGUUUGUUUGUAGCUGCAGGCAGGCCAUAUGGUGCUGGGAUCAUUGUGAGGAACUCUGGUGUUCAUUCAGGGAGCAACGCUUUGAUUUGCUGUUGAAAUUAACCAGUUUUCUUGCAAGAUUAAAACUGCUAUUUAAGGGAGGAAACUUGUUGCGCUUUUCUCUAUGCCAGUUUGAUUUUUAUUUUAAACAAACUGUUUUAAGCACCUUACUCUAUGAUACCUUCUUUACUGGUAGUUUCCUGUUGCCCUUCAUUUGCUCUGACAACGGAAAACCUGGGCUGGUAAGAUGGGUGGAGCUGGCAGGGAGUACAGGUAGUUUUCGGUUGCCACUUUAAUGACUGGGUAUAUUUUUUACAUUUUCUGUUACCUUGAUUUAUAACUUUUCAGGUUAAGUUCUAGUUUUGAGGUGGAACCUUGAUUUUAAGAUGGUGUGGGGGGUGACACCAUCUCAAUGUCUGAAGGAACUCCUGGCCUGUUAUCAAUUGCCUGACAUGGGAGGAUCGUCAGCUAGUGCAGAUCCCUUGUGCCUUUCAGGCUAUAGAUUAACUGUUUAGUCUCUCUUAGACUCCACUUGGAUUCAACCCAUUUGUAAUGUUUGUCUGUUGGUUAGAUUAUGUUGAAUAAAUUAUCUUCUAUUUAAGAAAACCUCUUGUGUGGACUCUCUCCUUUGAGCCAAUUUGUGACAUUAAGGUUUAGGUGAAACAACCAAAAACAUAGCUGCAAUGGUUCUGGUUUCAUUCUGAUGCAAUGAAUGAACACAAGAGCUGCCUACACCCAUUUUCUUUAAGAAAUUCGAUAUAGUGUCCUUUUGGCUGGCCUACAUUUUGAUGUACUUCAGUCACUUUAAAUGUAAUUGAUGCCAAACCUCAAAACAUUGGCCACUUGUCUACACCAGUAGUAGGUGGAACUUAAUGGGCACUUUUAAGCAAUUAAUGACUACGAUUCAAGGAUUGUUUAGGUCAUCAAUUAGUCGUCUUUAGUGGGAUUGAUGACAGAUUGCUUUUGGAUCUGUGGCUUUUAGUGUUUAACCUUUAAUUCAUCACACCAGGCUGCCCCUGACCUAAAAGUGCACAGAUCACAGAUGAAACUAAAAGUACCUU